UUAUGUUUCUUCCGGGUACGUCAAUCACUCAAUCCUAUUUUCAAAAACUCCACCGAAAAACAUCAAGCGCGUGUCUCCGCGGAAGUGACGUAUCUUCACCGCUAUUGGUCGAAACGCUACGUCACGCAAAGGGGGCGGGGUGGAGGAGUUUACGAGCAGCAGAAAUCAACAGUAACCUUUAGAGAGGAGUGGCAAAGAAACCUGACAGUAAAUGUUGACUGCUAAAAUUGUAUCUAAUCCAGCAGAAGUAAAUGAAGCAAACUCAGGAGACGUCUCAAAAUUCUGAUCCCUGUCAGCCAUCACUUAUCAAACAGGCAAGUUCUAUGUACAACCUACACAUUACUAACCCUUUUAAUAUUCAACAGAUAUGACCCAACAGCUUUUGUACACAAGUAUAGCUUUGACAUCAAACCAUUUAUUGAUUCGUAUGUCUUUUAUUUAUUUCAAAAUUAAAUCAGACAAUUACUAUCCUUCAUGCUUCAGAUUGAUAUGAAUCAAGUAGAGAUGGGUUGUUAAUGAACUAUUUAUGGUCAAGCAGUACACUCUCAUUUGUUAAUGUUUUCUGCUUUUCAUUAGUACUGUACAGGUUUCCCACAGCCAGUGAAACCUAGAUAUGUCAGUAAAUUGUUAGUCCUGGAAAAGACAGUAUGAAAUAAAUCUUAUAAAGUCAUAGAUGUUUCUAUAACCAAGAUACAUUUUUAGUUAUCCUCAGCUACAGAAUAUUUAAUUCGCUGGUAAUUGUUCUUUGCAAGUAUGAUUUCUGUAAAAUUUAUAUUCAAUAUAUAUCAGUGUGUGGCAAUUUGAGCAAUUUGUAAAAUACAGUGCUUGACUGUGAUGGUAUUUCAUUUUUAUUUCAUUAUCACAUGGAACUUCAGUAACUGUUUUAACUCUUGCAUGUGCACAGAUGCAUGUCUGGUCGUGUUGUGCCAGUGUUUUAUAUACUGCUGCAUGUCUGAAAGUGAAGCUGCAAUGUUGCAGGGUGGAAAAUAAUCCAAUCCGAGUGUGGGAAAGCGUAAUCCGGUCUAAUCCCAGCACAGCCAUGAAGAACAGAGAUCAUUCAGGCAGUAAGAGUGUCCAGACACAGACACACCAGCACAGACAAACAUCCUCCCCUUCAGAAAGAUGUUCACAAUUACACAAUAUUUCCUCAACUGUGAAUCUGCAACAAAUGACAAUAAAGGUUUAGCUGGAGUGCCACAGUAUAGAAAAGUGUUAGUAUAGAAUUAAAUGCACACGCCACACAUUGACACUCUAGAGGAAAUCAGUUGGUUUUACUCUCACAUGGCCAGACAGGUGCAGGAACACUUGCACAGGUCACCUGUUACUUUUAAGGGGUUGUUUUUGAGGAUGUCAUCUUGCGUUUAUUCUAGAGAUUGACUGAUAAUCGGUUUUACCAAUAUGGUUUUUCAGUAUUAAUCAUUAUCUACGUACUUGCAGCUCUGUGAAAAUUAAUUUAUUAUCUCAUGCGGGUAAUUGCGAUACUGUCUCCAUUUGACAACACUUUGUAAAUAUUGUUACAAGUGUUGCUGAUAUAAAAAUGAAAAAAGCUAUGUUUUUAUUGUUGGGAAAUGAGGAUGCAAUAUAAUAAAACCAGAAGUAAAACAUUAAAUAAAUAUAAAUUUUGCAUAUCAGUUAUAGGAGAUAGAAACAAAUAAUCGGUAUCAGUUAUUAAAAAAUCUAUAUAGGUCGAUCUCUAAUUUAUUCUCAAACAGGCAUCUUAAAUAUGAGUUUUGUAUUUCUGAACUCUCUAUGUUCAAUUUGACCAUAGAACCACCAAAAAUAUUUCCUUUUGCAUGUAGAGUUUGUGUAGGAUAUUUGUAUAGUGUGUGUGUAUCGUGUAUUUGUGUGUGGGGUUGCCAGGUGCUUCAGUCUCAUUUGUUCACAGCAUGAAGAAGAGUUUCCCAGAGGGUUUCCCUAAGAGAUUUCAGCAGUCCAACAGCUGCCACCUGGCUGUUUCUACGGCAACUGACCAGACCACCUUCAGCAAGCACACCUGAGAGAAGGAGAGCGGGGGAGAUAAGAUACUACAGACUCUGUCAGGAUGGGCUACGAUCUAGAACGUUUUGUAGGCUAUGUGAACGAGGGUCUGCUGUGCUGUGUGUGUCAGGACGUGUUAGAAGAUCCUUUGCAGGCUCCGUGUGAACAUGCCUUCUGCAGCUCCUGCAUUCAUGGAUGGCUCAUCCACCAUAACAACUGUCCAGAGGACCGCAUGCCUUUAGACAUCACACAUCUACGCCCACUAUUCAGAUACAUGAGGAAUGAUUUAGCAAGGCUGCAGGUGAGGUGUGUGUUUCGGCCACAAGGUUGUGAGGUCAUAUGUGCUCUGGAGUCUGUUCAUCGGCAUGAGGAACAGUGUGAUUACGCUUUGCUGAACUGCAGUAAUGCAGGCUGCCCGGUUCAGGUGUCGAGACGCUCUCUGGAAGCUCAUCUGUGUGUGUGUGAAUACAGCAGUAGAGUUUGCGCAAGCGGAUGUGGAUACACAAUCAUAAACACAGAGGAGGCCCAACACAGCUGUGUAUCGGAGUUACGAGCUGAGCUGGACAUGCUCAGGGCAGAAUUAGACUGCAAAGUUGAAGAGGUAAGGCAUGAAAUGGAAUCUCGCUUGGAUUCCCAAAGACGACACAUGGUGCAGAAGGAGAGUCUGCUGAGGAGUGAAGUGGAUGAACUGAAGGGCCAGCUGUCCCGCGUCAUGUCAGAUGUCCGCAUUCUGCUGGGUGCAGAGAGAGCACGCAGACAAGAGCUGGAGAGGGCGGAGCUUGAGAAGGCGGAGCUUCUUGAACUUUUAAAAAAGGAGGGGCUCAGACCAGCCACGCCCUCUGAAGCAGCACCGCCCCCUGCUGAGGUGCAGAGAAAGCCGAGCCCAAGAAGCCUAGCUUUGGACUGCAUCAAAAGGAAGAAUAGAGAGGUGACAGUCAUCUGAGGACAUUGCUUUUUCACGGCAGAACAGCAAGGAAGAGGGAAUGUCACAUUAUGCUAAUAGAAAACCACUACCUGGAACGAAUCAUCUGAAUGAAGCCCCAUUGUUGUUGUUCCUCUGGGUAAACUGAAUGAAUGAUAUGAGAUUGGUUAUGUUCUUUGAUUUAAGCAAAUUGUGUAGUUAAACGAGACCUUUUUACAAAUGUUGUAUGUUUUUAGAAUUUUAGAGGCUCGUUUUUCCAUUUGAAAGAUCAACAGAGAUGCAUUCUGCUACAUCCAUUGAUAUUAAAACCGUUUU